CUUCCUCUCUCCCUCCGUCGGCCGCCUCUCAGGGGAGUCCGCGCCGCGGCGGCAGGAGUGGCAUCAGGGCGAGCAGCAGCAGCAGCAGCACGACGAACAACAACGGUGUCAAGGCAGGCCGGGAAGCUGCGGGCGGAGCCGUUUCGCCCCGAGAGGAAUAUUCUCUCUCUCUCGCACACACAGACACACACAAGGUCCCUUCUUAAGCCGCCGCUGACAUAGUUGCGGAGAGGUUUCUGCUUCUCAAGCCGAGGGGUGGCGGUUGUUGUUUCGGGCGGCGGUGCAGAAGUAACGAGGGGCUGCCGCUCUCUGCCGCAGGAGCCAGAGGAGAGGAGAGGCGCUGGAGCCUCGGCCAGCGGGGGCAGGAUGAACCCCAGUGUCACCUACGCCAGCCGCAAGCGGCGGAAACCCGUGCAGAAAAUAGUGAAACCUUCACCUCCUGAAGGAGCCAAGUCUAAUCCAUCGAAGAGGCAUAGAGAUCGAUUGAAUGCAGAGUUGGAUCGCCUGGCUAGUCUCCUGCCAUUCCCUCAGGAUGUUAUUGCCAAGCUGGAUAAACUGUCUGUGCUUAGGCUCAGCGUUAGCUACCUAAGAGCCAAAAGUUUCUUUGAUGUUGCACUAAAAUCAUCCAGUUCUGCAAAGUCUGACAGAAAUGGCAUUCAAGAAAGCGGCAGAACUAUUAAACCUAGAGAGACCAUGCUGGAAGGAGAACUUUUACUACAGGCAUUAAACGGCUUUGUGCUGGUGGUCACGUCAGAUGCACUCAUAUUUUAUGUUUCUUCUACAAUCCAGGAUUACUUGGGUUUUCAGCAGUCUGAUAUUAUACACCAGAGUGUAUUUGAACUAAUUCACACGGAAGACAGACCAGAAUUCCAGCGCCAGCUUCACUGGGCUCUGAACCCCGUACAUUCUACAGAUUCUGGACAGAUAAUGCAAGGUGAUAAUGGCUUUUCACAGUCAGCAACAUAUUAUAACCCAGAGCAGCUACCUCCAGAGAAUUCCUCUUUUAUGGAACGAAACUUCAUCUGUAGAUUACGCUGUCUCUUGGAUAAUUCAUCUGGGUUCUUGGCCAUGAAUUUUCAAGGGAGACUAAAGUUUCUCCACGGACAGAACAAGAAAGGAAAGGAUGGCGCUUCUAUAUCCCCCCAGUUGGCUUUGUUUGCAGUGGCUACUCCACUUCAGCCUCCAUCCAUUCUUGAAAUACGUACCAAAAACUUCAUCUUCAGAACUAAGCAUAAGCUAGACUUCACACCUAUAGGAUGUGAUGCAAAAGGCCGAAUUGUGCUGGGUUAUACUGAAGCAGAACUCUGCAUGAGAGGAACAGGAUACCAGUUUAUCCACGCAGCUGAUAUGCUUUAUUGUGCUGAGAAUCAUGUCCGAAUGAUGAAGACAGGAGAGAGUGGUAUGACUGUGUUUCGACUUCUUACCAAAGAGAAUCGAUGGGCCUGGGUUCAAGCAAACGCACGCCUGGUUUACAAAAAUGGGAGACCAGAUUAUAUUAUCGCUACACAGAGACCUCUUACAGAUGAAGAAGGGGCAGAGCAUUUACGGAAGCGGAACAUGAAGCUGCCCUUCGUGUUCGCGACAGGUGAGGCUGUGCUCUAUGAAGUGAUGUUUCAGCCGCCUGGCUUAAUGGAUUCUUCUCAGGCAAAGGUUAAAAGCAGCAUUGGGAAAGGAGCUUCUUCUAAGGCUACACUGCGCAAAGAAUCUGUUGAUCCCAAUUCACUUCUGGGUGCAAUGUUGCAGCAAGAUGAAUCUGUGUAUCUCUGCCCACCUGCUCCAAAUAAAAUUUCCUUUGAGAGGAACCUUUUUGCGGACACCUGGGAUGAACUGGGUAGCAUGGUGGCCUGUGAUUGGCAGGAUAAUGUUUUACCAGUGAGGAAUAACAGCAUUCUGAAACAGGAGCAGACUGAGUGCCCCCAGGAAAGCAACUUGAUGCUUCCUGAAGACAGUGUGGGACUUUUUCAGGAUAACAAAAACAGUGAACUGUACAACAUCAUGAAAACUCUGGGUGUUGACUUUGAAGAUAUAAAAUGUUUUCAGCAGGAUGAAGAGUUUUUUAAAAACGAACUUUCUGGGGCAGAUGAUAUUAGAGACAUAGAUAUAACUGAUGAAAUCUUGACCUAUGUUCAGGAGUCUUUAAACAAGUCUGACCUCUUGUAUUCGGGUUGCCAGCAGCAACAGCAGCCCAUGGUUCAGAACUCUACUUGUUUAAUGCAGCAGCAACUGGAGCAGCAGCAGAAACAACCAGGGGUGGAGCAGCAGCAGCAGCAGCAGCAGCUGUGUCAGAAGAUGAAGCACAUGCAGGUCAAUGGGAUGCUCGCAAACUGGAACUCUGUCAGCAGCACGCCCCUUAACCCUUCACAGCAACAGACACAGCCGUAUGUCUUUUCUGGCAUGCAGGAAGUAACUCAGGAGUUCCCUUACAAAUCUGAAGUCAACACAGCAACAUACGCAUGUAGGCAGGAGUUCAUUCCCUACAAGCAGCCAACCAGCAUGGUGUCACAGCUUUCAGAUUUUACACAGAUAGACUUCCCAGUAGGAAGCUUCGACAGAUCAUCCUAUUCAGGGUCUUCUGGUCUGGAGGAUUUUCUCAGUUGUUUACAGCAAGUUCCCGAAAGCCAGCCUUGUGGAGUAAACUCUCAGCAAGUUAUAGUAACUCCACAGACGUGCUAUGCAGGUGCUGUGUCAAUGUAUCAGUGUGUAUCUGAAACUCAACCAAACAGCACAGAACAAAUGCAGUAUAAUCCUGUGGUAUCUGGACAGCAAGCAUUGCUAAGCAAGUUCCAGAAUAGUUUUAAUGGAGGAAAUAUGAAUGAUGCAUAUCCACCGCAAUUAGAUGUUGUCAACACCCAGCCUGGAACACAUCUUCAGCCUCUUCAUCAUCCAGCAGAAUCCAGAUCUUUCUCUGAUUUGGCAUCCAGUGGUUUUAUGUAGUUCAAGAACAAAGUCAUAUAGAGAAAGAGAUCAGGACUGGAUUAUUGAAUAGAAAUUGAAAAUCAUGUGUGGUUGCACUUAAAACGCAUGCAUAUAGGAUUUGUCAUCCCAAACCUAAUAUUCAUAGGUGGAAGUUGGAGCUGUAAUCGUGGCCUAAAAGUGUGCACAUGUAAUUUUCAGUGAGUGUGAAAACAUGCACUAUUGCAAUAUUACUGCAUCACAUUGUAGAACAUAAGAUAAGGCAAAUGGUUUUAUGUUUAGCAGAUAAAAUGGGCACUUUCGACAAUCUUAUUUGGAAUGGUAUAAGAUAGUUAAUCUUAGGUUAUUUUAGGCCUUUUAAAAAGCCAUGUUCUAAAUAGAGGAGCAAGUGAAGCACUCAAUUUUUUAUGUCUUUUCUUCAGUUAACUUUAUUUAGUAGUUUUUCAGCUUAUCCUUUUACUUUACAUGUCAGGUUCUAGCACUUUAGUAGACGGUUUAAUACAAGGGUUUGAUACACAGUUUUAGGUUUUGUACAACCAAAUCCGUUGCAUUCCUCCUUUACAGUUAGCCUUAAGUGCCUCACAACUUUGCUACCUUAUUUCAGAAAGGAGCUUGUUAGGAAAAAGGAGAUUCACUGUAAGAACAAAUCAUAUUUACUUUGUGACUAUUUAGUGAUUACUUUGGUUUGUUUUUAAAAAGCUAGAGACCUAUAAGCAGUGUAUUCCUUCUCUAUUAAAUGUAUAUUGUUUUUCUUUAGAAUUUGAUAUUAUUCUAUAUGUGCAGAGUUUUUACUUUGUUAAAAGACUGGGAUUUUUGAUUUUGUGUUUUGUUGCUUUUCUGCAUUCUUCAGGUAGAACAGGGUAAAAACAGAAACCUUUUAGGAGAAAAUUGUCUCCUUGGAAUUAGCUCUGAAUUUCAAAUACUGAAAACAUGUGCCUUAUCUUGUGUUACAACACUUGUCAAAUGGUCUCUUAAAAAAAAAAAGUACAAGGCUGCUCUAUGCAAAUACUUCCAUUUAAAGUGGUUAUUGAGAUAGGUUAAUUUUAAAAAACCAGUGGAAAGCAAUGUCUCAGUAGCAAAUAGUACUAAAGUUUACUUUUGUAAAAUAAAAUUUCUACACUGAGGGUCAAAUUUUGAUUGGCUGCUGUUUUUCAACCGUUCCAGUGGGGAGAGGGUCUGUUCAUGUUAAAUAUCCCUGAUGAUUGCACUCUAAAAAGAAAAAGCUAUCUUUCUAUGUGUAUGUGAAUUCACUUUAAAUGUCUUUGUUCAAGAGAUGAAAAAACUGAAAAUUUAUUUUAGUUCAAAAUUAGAGAGAGAUGAUCCUUGUAACAAAAAAAAGGAUAUUUUAAGCUUUGUUUUUAAAAAUGGAAAACAUUGUAUUGGAUUUUUAUCUGAGGAUUUUUAGAACCGCAUACACCAAUGUUUGGUGUUUCAUAGUAGUUUAAAUGGGGGAGGGAGGGAGGGAUGGAUGUGUACAUGUUCAAACAAGUGAAUAUCCUUACAUGCUGUUAAUAUGUAAUAAGCACCAUUUAAUGAUGUCUUUGUAAAAUAUUUUACAAACAGUUAAUUUUAAAGUGUUAUUCCAUAUUAUUAAAAUGUCUAUUGCAUACAUAUGUAUAAUGUAAAUGACAGUGUAGACUCUUCAAAAAAGAAAAAAAUAAUAAACCAACUCCCUCCAGGGUGGUGUUUAAAUUUUUGAUGAGAAAAGAGUUUCAGUUAAGUUUUUAUAUAUAUAUAUACGUAUAUAUAACAAGAAGGAAUGUUUUUAAGGGUAAGGUUGUAUGGAUAGCGGGAGGUGGCUACUCAUUUUAAUCACUUGAAAGCGGUGUUGUUGUUUUCAUCUUAAAUUGAGUCAUGGUAAAAUUUUGCUUACACAAAUCAUGUAAAUUUGUCCUUCUAGAAAAGAUAGCCAGGCAGUUUGUAGACCUUCAAAUUUAGGAUCUAGCGCUGCUUUUAAAAAGGAAAUAUUGUUUGAUACUAUGUUUCAAUAAUAGCUAUGAAGCUUGGGCUAUAAUGCCCUUUAAGCAUUGAACUUUGCUUUGGCCAUCACUAAAUGCAUUAGAUUAGUAGCCAUUGAUUGCUUCUUAUUAUCUUCUUUCCAAACAAUUGCUGUAAUAUUUUUUGUAACAGUAUCUUCUUCUUAUUAUUAUUACAAGAGUAAUGUUGACAAUCAGUAGCUGUACUGUAAAAUGUGAAAGGUUCAAAGGGAUAAUGUAGGGUUGUUUUUUUAAAGAAAAAGACCAAAACAAAAACAAAACAUUAAACUCCACAACAAAUUGAGACCUGCAUAUCAUAUCACUUCUGCUAAACCAAAUAUGAUCCCGCCACUAAGUGCCAAGGCUGCAGUACAAACUGGUGUACUGCUUUAUUGUAGCCUAGUUUAAUUCUGUUAUGUGUAAUAUCAACUUGUUUCUCUGCAUUAGCUGCAUCUAUAUGUAACAAACCUGUGUAUUGGUGGUGCACUGUUGAUCUACACCAAACUGUUCUCAAAAGUGAUGAAUUGCUGACUUAUCACCCCACCAACCCCACACUUACCCUCCCACCUCCAAGCAAAUUAUUUCCUAGUUUUAAUCAGUAUUAGACUACCCAUUUUUGUAGAUUCUGUCUUGGCUUUUCCCCUUUCCGUCUGUCUCCCAUCACCCUUUGUUAUCUAUGCUUUAUGUCAUGCAGUUAAUUUCUUACGUGUUGGGGUAUAAUUUUAUAGUGCUUUUAAUGAGCUUCAGUCAAACUUGUAAAGCAUAAUAUACGACAAUAAAAUAUCACCUGACUAGA